GCAAUGUGUAGCCUUUUCCUGCCAUUUUUUCAUAAUAAAAGAGGGAGUGAAGCUUUUUUUCCCUCUUCUCUCUCUCUCUCUCUCUUAAAAAAAAAAAGCCAAAUGGAUCAGAGAAGAAGAAAAAGAAAAAAAAAAAGCAAUAGCCAAAGGGGAUGCCAGUGAGGUGUGGCUUGCAUUUAAAUAUCCAAUAUGUCAAUGUAAGGGGAGUGUGUAUGUAUAUAAAGUGCAGUUUGCAUCUGAUAGCUGGACAUAUCCAGCUAUGAAAGGCAAGAGGAGAUCAAUGCAAAGGAAAAACAAUACUUUUAUUCAAAGCAAGGUCAGGCGUUCAAAUCAGACACUGUGAGAGGGUAGAGAAGUUACUUGAAGGCAGCCAAGCUCACAGCUGAUCAGUUAUAUCUAAUAUACACACACACACAUUUUAAAAGAGACCAGCAAUUUUUUUAUUGUUUGUACAGACAUUCACUAUUCUCACUCUCACACACACACACUCUCUGCUAUUGCGAUGGCUGAGGUAGGGGGCUUUCUUGGAUCUCUGGAUUUGGAUUUGCAUGGAUUUUCCUCCUCUCUUGGGAAUGUUGCUUUAGCUGAUUCUCCUGGUUUUUUGAAUGAGAGAUUGGGACAGAUUGAAGGAAGGCUCCAGAGGGGAUCUCCAACUGACUUUGCCCACCUUAAAGGUAUUCUCAGGCGGAGGCAGCUCUACUGCAGGACGGGCUUCCAUCUGGAAAUCUUCCCUAAUGGCACGGUGCAUGGCACCAGGCAGGAUCACAGCAGAUUCGGGAUUUUGGAGUUCAUUAGCCUGGCGGUGGGGCUGGUUAGUAUCCGUGGGGUGGAUUCAGGACUCUACCUCGGAAUGAAUGAGAGAGGCGAGCUGUAUGGGUCGAAGAAACUUACGAGGGAGUGCGUUUUCCGAGAGCAGUUUGAAGAAAACUGGUACAACACCUAUGCCUCGACUCUCUACAAACAUUCCGACUCUGAGAGACAGUAUUAUGUGGCUUUGAACAAGGAUGGCUCACCUCGUGAAGGAUACAGGACUAAGAGACACCAGAAGUUCACUCAUUUUUUACCCAGACCUGUGGACCCUGCUAAAAUACCUGCAAUGUACAGAGAUCUUUUCCACUAUAGGUGAUAUUUCCUGCAGCUGUCCAAUCAAUGUACAUACUUGGGUUCCCAAGCUUUUUCCUGGAGCACUAUAUUAAUAGUCAUUCCAUCAUUCCUAUAAACUUAGAUAACAUAGAAAAGCACUUACCUUGAAUUCAACACUGCCGUUUAAAGUGUAUAUCAAAGCUGGGUUAUUUGUGGGGGUGGGGGAUAGGGGAUGGGAAGGGAGCCCUCCAUAUAAUCUUUCAUUGUCUUUACCUGGUGGUUAUGAAAGAGGUGGAAUAUUCACAUGCAAUGAUGAUUCAAAACAAAAAACAAACAAACCACAACAACUUGAUUACAGGAAAGAAAAAGACCACAGAACUGAUACAGAUGCUGCUGGUAAGCUUGGAAUGGUUAUGUUUUAAGAAGAUGCCCUUCAAAUGGUACCCUGCUGAAGUGGCCCUGGAAUUUGCGACAUGGAUUAUUAUGGACUGGUCCUGAUGUGUGUGUUUUUUUCCUGCUGUUGAGGGUGGGAGUGAGGGUGGGAAACAUUAUUAAGAUGUAAGCAUAGAUACUGUGCAUAAGGACAAAACUAUUUAUAAAAUGUAUAUGAUAUUUAUUUUAUAUAUUUAUUUAUUUCAAAAUAAUUUUAUUUUUAAUGAGAGAUGUUAUGACCGGAUUUUCAUCAGGAAGAAUAAGGUCCUACUGAAACAG